AUGAAGGAUUUGAAGCUGGACGUGGCGUUCAUAAACCCAGCCAACGUGGUGUUCGUGUACAUGCUGGUCCGCGAGCUGGUGGAUGGCGAGCGGAUAGCGCGCCCGCAGGAGCUGCAGGCUGUCGUGCUAACAUGCCUCUACCUCUCCUAUUCCUACAUGGGCAACGAAAUCUCCUACCCCCUCAAGCCUUUCCUCGUCGAGGACUCCAAGGACAAGUUCUGGGACCGCUGCCUUCUCAUCGUAGACAGGCUAUCCUUUAACAUGCUUCGAAUUAACUCGGAGCCCGGGUUUUUCACCGAAGUGUUCACGGAACUGAAGGCGUGCGGUGCGGUGGACAGCCCACCGCCUGCGCCCGCGCACCCCGCGCCGCCGCCGCCGCACGCCCUGCAGGCCGCCUGACACACAGAGGUGGCCGUGCUGCGGCUGGCCCUUACCGACCGCCCCAGCCGCGUCUGAUGCCGGCUUCUGACUGGCGGUCUUGGUCAAUCGCAUUGGAACUACAGGAAGUUCUAGAAGUUACCUAUACAUUCUUUCAACAUUCAAACUAGUCAUUACUUAGAAGGACCUAUGUUAUUUGGAUUACUUUUGGUGUCUGAAAAUAAAAAAAUCUUAAUUUUUGGUGAAUAUAUUAAACGCACUCUAUGUAUGAUUUAAUUUACGUUAGGAAAGUGGCUCUACCUGUUCCGAAUACAGAAGCCCAAUCAAAUACGAUCAACCUUUCCUUGUUUGCUAUAAAUGUGGGAUAUUGCCAUAAUUAAUUAUGUUUCAAUGGAGUUCAAAGUUUUUAAGCAAUUUCUUUAAUUUCAGUGUUUUUCGUAAAUCCUAUAGUAAAGACGUUUGAAUACGAUAUUGCUCAAGUUAUACAUAAAAUCACGAUUGACCAAGACUUAGCAAAAGUCAAAAAUAAGCGAAUAAGGACAACAAUAAUGGAGGCCGCGAAAUGGCUCCAAAUUAUACCAAAGAGCUUUGGUUCACAGAUAAAAUAAUUCCAAUAGAUGCUUUACAUCUUAAAUGAAAACUUAAACUAAGUGAAAUAACUUAUUUGGCAACAUGUAAUGUAAUACUUCUUCCCUUAAUAUGCUUUCUUCCAUUUCAUUUAGUGCUUUUUUGUUGUGUCUUUUCCACUUAAUCUAUGACUAUUAAAACAAUA